GCAGCAGUCAGCGGUGUUAUAGCAACAGAAAAGCCCAUCGUCAUUUAGACACAACAGGACUGCUGUGAGCCGAGAGACGCUGUCGCACUUCAGUCUCUCUGUGAGGUGGUCUACCACAACCCCCUUUGAAGAGUUCACACCAAACACACACCCAGCGUAGGAGGAUGGCGGUGAAUGUCGUCUCCACCUCUAUGACUAUAGAGAACCUGAGUCGUCAUGACAUGUUAGCGUGGGUCAACGACUCUCUGCAGCUCACUCUCACAAAGAUCGAGCAUCUCUGUUCAGGUGCUGCUUACUGUCAGUUGAUGGACAUGCUGUUUCCUGGGUGCAUAUUAAUGAAGAAAGUGAAGUUUAACGCUAAACUGGAACAUGAAUACAUCCACAAUUUCAAAGUCUUACAGGGUUCAUUCAAGAGAAUGAAUGUGGACAAGAUCAUCCCAGUGGAGCGUCUGGUUAAAGGAAAGUUUCAGGACAACUUUGAGUUCCUUCAGUGGUUUAAGAAGUUUUUCGAUGCCAACUUCGACGGGAAAGAAUACGACCCUUUAAUGUCACGGCAGGGCCAGGAGGGAACGCCGCCUCCACCAAACCCAGGCCCUGUGAGGACUUCCCCUACAGUACCAAAACCUGCCCCCCCGCCACAGAAGCAGAUCAUUGUAGCAGCGCCCCGCAAAUCCAAUAACACGUCCCGUAACGGGGGGGACUCUGAACUCGUGGAGCUCCACCAGCAGCUGUCGGACCUGAAGCUGACUAUAGACGGACUGGAGAAGGAGAGAGACUUCUACUUCGGAAAGCUGAGAGACAUUGAGGUCCUCUGCCAGGACAGCGAAAGUGAAAACCCAAUCUUCAACAAAAUCAUGGAUGUGCUUUACAGUACAGAGCCUGCUUCCACAGGAGGGCUUUGCACCACCAGAGGAUGAAGACAUCGACGACGGGGCACAAGGAGACGAGGAAGAGUUCUGAUCUCUUCAUCAUCCUCCACCCUAUCAUCGUCCUCCUGUUUUUACCCCUUUUAUUAUUUCCUUUCUACAACUUCCCCUUCCUUCCCCCAUCUUUUCCGCGGCUGUCCAUAUCCAUGUUGACUUUUGCUUUAAAGUAGCUGGACUCAACAUGACGUUAUUCUCACAGAGGAGACAGCUGCACUGCAGGGCUGAGUUAGCCUGCAAGAGAAAAGGUUGACAGCAAUGAGAUUACAGGAAUCCAGCACUCACAGGUCACUUUCUCUCACCAUGCACUUUCAUCGGUGGCCACACACGAGCAUCAGGGUCCUCUGUAGAGUUUACAUAUGAAACCACAGCAAUUUCCACACAAUGUGACCAGUUUAAACAUAUUUGGGCUAUACACUUCACUAGGAGACAUUAUUAAUCGAUUUAAGACACUUUAAGAAAGAGGCAUGCACAUAUAUUUUUAAGAUUUUUCUUAUGAUGACACGUGAACAUGCAUUAACCCCCUUUCUUCCCCCCGGACAUAUCACCGACUUUGAACUGCUCAUAAUGCAUAAAGAAGUCAUCACUCCCGAAUUCAUUCAUACGGUUUGCUUAUGAUUGUAUUGACGAUUUGUUUAUGAGACAGUAUGUUGUAUUAAUUAUUUAUUUAUGGUUUUUCUUUGCUACAGUUUCUGGAUUUGGGGAUAUUGAAGAUAUUGCACAAAAUGUAGCAAAACAAAUUGACUAAAAGGCCAACAUGCAGUGAAUAUACAGAAAGAUGCAAUUUUAUAUAUUUUGUAGAUUUAUUUUAAAGAGGUUUGUUUUUUUUCGAUUUGCAUUGAAAUGUGAAAUGGCCAAGUUAGAGGCGUCAGAGUAAAUUACAAGACAAAUGCCAGGCUUUGAAUUCUUUGAGAGCAUAACAUGUACAGACAGACACUAAUAAGUACUAAUGUUUGGCUGUGUUGAAUGAGUUAAUCAUUUUAGCUGCUAUCAUCUUUCUGUUGCCGUAUUUAAUUGAGUUAUUUUACAAAGCGUUCAACCGCCACCACAGGGGCAGCCAAGGAACUAUUGGUGUGGUUUAUUGUGAUCGACAGUGGUUAAACCUGUCUGAGAGAAAAUACUUAAAAGUGUAUCUCAUGGCAGCUUGUGAUAAACUUGCAUCGUUUGCAGUCACUGCUGCAAUAAAAUAAAACUCUUGUGUUCAAAAAAAGAAACAAACCUUAUUGUUGUGUUUGCUUUCUGACAUGUUACUGCUGUAUUUCUCCUUAAUCAGGAGCAGUUUUGUAUCACCGUGCCAAUAACAUCACAAACACACACUUAUAUAUCAUACAAAUAUGAAUUUGUUGAUCAAAUACUUGGAUAUUGCUAUAAUAUUGUAGGGUUUCUAAUUUCAAAACAUACUUACACAAUGAGAUAAAACAAUUAUAAUAACCAUCAGUAAUGUGAAUAUAAUGACUAAGUGGGUAAAGAUACAUAAUACACAAUUUAAAAACUUGGAAAAGACAACAAUUAUGCCAUAUCUUGAUAUUCCGAUAUUCAGAAUCGAAGAAAAUAUCUUGUCUCAUAUCCCAAAAUGUAUAUAUUGUCCAACCCUUGUAGUGUAACAACAGGAUGUUGAGUCUAGAGAGAAAUGAUUUGUACUUGAAACCUGUUUUGGGACCAAGAGAGAGGUGUAUUGUCAAGUAAACAAAAGUACAUAAGAUAAAUAUUGACACAGUGA